AUGCCAAAGUGUCAUCGAAGCCGGGUGACGUCUAGCAAGGACAGUGACAUGACAGACGAAUUGUCCCACUUGGACAUGAACAGCCAGUCUGAUCAAGGAUAUGAGACUGAGUGGACUGAGCCCGAUUCUGAUGCGCCUCGCGACAGACACAAGGACAAAUGCAAGCGUCGACAGCUUGUCUACAAGCCGAACACACCAGUCUCCAAGAAACAUGCAGCUGCCACUGCCACCGACGACUCGGAUGAUGAUACGGACCCCGAGGAUGAUAUGGACGACGAGAUAUCAUCGGGGGACGAGGACGAUGACUACUCCCCUGGCGCCAGGGCCCUCAUCGGUCGAAUGGAAAAUCACUGGCAGCGGACCCGAUCAACACUGUCCGCACUGCAGGGCGACGUGAUCUGUACCAGUUCUUCAACUGGCACUUCAGACUGA